AUGGCCAAAACUAAGAAUGCCCAACCAUCCAAGAAGCCCACUCGUGGAUCUGCGUCUGCUUCACCGGUGUCUCCGCCUGCGCCGCCUGCUCCAGCAACCGGAGCUUCUGUUCCUAAUGAAAAUGUUAGUAUUGAGAAUCAAAAUGAAAGUGUUGAUGUGGAAAAUAGAGGUGAUGUGCCUAUUGAAAAUGUUAAUGUGAAAAAUAAUAGUGAUGUGUCAUUUAAAAAUGAUAAUAUGGAAAAUCAAAAUCAUAAUACUACAAAUAGUGAUGAUGAUCAUUUGAAUAAUUCACUUAAAAACGAAGAUGUUUUAGAGGAUAAUGAUGAUAACAAUGCAGAACAAUCAAACCCAUUUGAACAUUUGCUUGAUAUAUUUGAUCCAAGGAAUUUGGAUGUUCUUGAUUCAAAAGUGAUUGAUUUAUUAGUGUUGAAGGGUCCAAAAAGAGAUUAUUCUGUUAUGAGUGGUUCUAAAAUUAAAUUUUCUAGACGAUUCACUGCUAAUUUGUAUACUAGAGUUUUAUCAAAUGGAGAGAAGUGUGAUCGAGAUUGGCUUGUUUAUUCAAAGAGUUAG